CAAUCCCUGCCAUGAUGUGCCGAAAAAAUGCCGCGCGCGGCACCGCGUGGACGCGAACAUCGCGAACAUCGUGAACAUCGUGAGCGGAGGGAUGAGAAGCGGAAGGUGGGACGCAAGUCGGAACGUCUCGACCAGGUGCCGGACGAUGAAAAGGAACGGGAACGGAAAAGGUCAGCUGAGACCAAGAAAUGGGGCAAGUGCAUCUUCCUUCUGUUGGGCGCUGCCACGUUUCAGGCAGUGGUUGGGCUGUCCUUACUGCAGAGUCGUGGGGAGGCGGUGAAUCGCAGCGACCUCUUAGUCAACAGUGGCGGAGUUGCAGGGCCUCUGGCCGUUUUUGCAGAUCCUGAGGCUCCCUUCGUGGUGGAAGUCAAAGCUGAAGGCAAAGAGCGAGUUCUGGAUCCUGGUGACCUCGCUGUGCUGGUGCUGUCCAGCAGUCGGAAGGUCUGGUUGCUCCGCGCAACGCUGCAGUCGCUCUCCAGAGUGGACGGGUUGCGUGCAGCCAACGUCUUGGUGUCUUUGGCUUCUCCUGGAACUGGGAACCAGUUGGAUGCGAUUCAAGAGUUCGGUUUCGCAUGCGCUGGCUUUGAAGGGAAAGGUGGCAACAUGAAGAAGUACUUUCCAAUCUUUCAGCAGGCGACCCGAGGCUCGGCGCACGUGCGCCGAUCCUUGGGCUUCGCGCAGAAACAUUUCGCAGGCAAAGAGAUGACAUCUUUGGUGGUUUUGGAGGCAUCGAUGUCAGUUCUGCCAUCAGCCUUUGGUCAAGAUGAGAGCAUUUUUUGUGCAUCCGCCUUGAACGAGAAUGGCUUGGCGCCCUAUGUAGCCGACUUAACGGUGCUACAUCGAAGCGACAACUUUUCUUCCUUAGCUUGGAUGUUGGAGCUCCGUAGAGUGCCACCACUCUUGGCAGCCUGGAAACAGGAGGACUGGAGGACUUGGCUUCAGCAGCACAUGGUGGAUGCCAAACAGCAGUGCAUUUUUCCAGAAGUCUCUCGAGUGGCGCUGGCCACCGCGGAUUGCCACUCGACAGCCAUAGGCAGUUCGCCAUAG